AUGCCUCAAGUCACCCGCUCCACACGCGCGACCGCGCCCCUCAAGGCUCCUACCGCUGCUCCCAACCAGCCUCGUCGUACCUCGACGCGCAAGACCCCCGUUGCCGCGUCCGCUGCUGGUAAAAAAGCAGCUGGGAAGAAACUUGGUGCCGCCCGUCGUGGGAGGCCCCGAAAGCAAGUAUGCGAUGAUGAAGAUGUUCCGUCCGCCGAAGAGGUCGACGAAGCUGAUGAUGUCGCCAUGGACGUUGAUGAGGAAGAAAAGGACGACGACCACGAUGAUCCUGACACAUCGCGACUCUCUCCUCUCCCUCCGUCAUCCCCACCGCCUCCAACCUCUGACGACGAGGAUGAGCCCCCUGUCAAGUCAAAGCGCGGCCGCAAGGCCCAACCCCCAAGCUAUGUCGAGGAGGCAGAUGACGAAGAACCAGAAGAGGAGGCAACCUCUGUGAAACGUAAGCGCGGACGCAAGGCCCCAACUCAAGGAUAUGUUGACGAGGAUGAUGAAGAGGAAGAGGAGCCUCACGCGAAGAGAGGCAAGGGCAAAGGCAAAGCCACACACCAAGCCGAGCUUGGCGAUGAUGUUGACGAAGACCGCGACGAGGAUGAGGACGCUGAGGUCCCCGAGCCUACUGCCAAGUCCAAAGGCAGUCGCAAGCGUGGGCCUUUGAGUCGCAACGAGAUCCAGCAAAUUGCUGAGGCCGGCGCCGAUAUCAACAAGAUUCUUCACCCGCUGAUGGAUGAGACUGGCAAGGAUGUCGUCACCCUUCUCAAGGCGAUGAAGAUUGUGGUUCCGGGCACGCGCCAGACCACCCUCCACAACAUGUUCCAAGCUUAUGGCCCAAAGAUCGGCAAGUAUGCAGAUGCCCCCGAUCGCAACGCCAAGAUCAGUGCUUGGUACAACAAGACCAUCAAGAAUGCCAAGGAGGACUCUCAGGCCACAGCACAAGUCCGCACGGCUGCCCAGGAACUUAUCGCCGCUGCCAGAGAGUCAUGGGAGAACUCCCUGACGCAUAUCAUCAGUGGCCAGGGCAAGCUACCCAAGUCCCUCGGCCAUGUUCUCCGUUAUUUCGCAGAUGAGGCUGUCCGCACGCUGGCAAUGGAUAACAUUGAAGUCACCGGCAUCUGCAUUAACAAACGCCUCAAUGUGAAAGGAGCCGGCAGUGCCAUCUUUGCUAGUGACCCGACGCUGUUUGCGGUCCUCGAGAAGAAGGGCAUCGAUAUCCAGUCCAUUACCAAAUACAUGGGCGCAGUCAGCAUUACUCACAGCAUAGAGGCCGGCUGUCAGGUCGAGUUGCCCAACAUCUUCAAGGCUGCAGACCCCACUAUCGCCGCUGUUCCUGCUCCUGCUGCUCAUACUGCUCGUGCUGCUCGCAUUGCCCGUGCUGCUGGUGCUCAUGCCGCUGCCCCAGCCCCUGCUGCUGCUACCCUAGCCCCUGCUGCUGGCCCCUCUUACGAAGCCAACAGCCCAGGCCCCCGUGAUCAGCUCCGAUCUGUGGCAGCCAACAUGCUGUGCACCAAGUUCCAGGAAGCUGGCUUUGAUGGCACUCGCAUGGUCUACAAGAACUACUGUUCCAAGGCCGUCGCUUUUUUUAUAGUCCUUCGGAAUUGGUCCAUGUGUAUGGCUGAUCGCCCACUCGGCUGUGACGCGUUUGUCCUCAACAAUGUUCAACACGAGGCUCUCUGGGCCCUCACCCAUGAUUGGGUAGAGACACAAGAGCCUGAUCGAAUCAGGACCCUUUCGCCAUCUUUUCCUUACAAGACCCCGAGGGAGGCUGACCGUAUUGGCAAGAGUCCAGACCCAACAGACUAUGAGCAGGACCUUAAGGCCGAUCCGCUCACAUUCACCCGGUGGAAUAGUGCUGCCAUAGCCAAGUGGAAGAAAGGUGAUGACGGCUACUUCCCACUUGUCAUUGCCAACGAUGGAACAUACCUCAUGUAUGUCUACCGCUGCAAUGGCGUCAAGAAUUUCAUGCAAAACAUCCCCUCUGGUGGACCCAGCACUGUUGUUGCUGUUGUUGAGGAUGGUAUGCUCAACAACGCUGAUGAUGAUUAUGUACCUACCUCUGACCCUGCUGAACAAGCCCUUGAGAUGGUGCACCAGUCAUCCACUGCCCGUCAUGCUCAUGGGCCAGUUGCUGCACCAGGCGGGCUCAAACCACGCACCAUGCAGCCACAGCAAAGUGUCAGAUCUCAGCCCUCAACCCAACAGCAGGUACCCCACCACCUGGCUCGGGCUCUCGAGCAGCCGCGUGUGCAGUCUCGAGGAGAUGUUCACUCAUCCCAGGCCCCUCAGGCCAGGAACAUGCCAGUGGUAGCUCCCCCUCCUAUUCGUAUGGACACUCGUCCACCUGCACUGGGUCCUGCUCGGCCUUCAUCAGCUGCUCGUGAGGCAGGCCCCUCUAUCCAACCCUACCACAGUGGGCAAGCUCCUGGCCGGUAUGCCUCUGGUUCAGUCCAAGUAGCCUCCAGUGGUCACUAUGUCCGCGGUGCUACCGAGACUCGCCUCAUGGCUGAUGAAUACUCCGACGAGGAGCAAGGUUAUCCCAAUGGUUAG